AUGCCUGCGGUACAACGCAACGGCCGGACAGUCGCAACGCAAGAAAAGCAACAAGCCACACAGCCAACUACAUCUCGCUCAAUGUCUUCCACACAGCAGAGGCCGUCCUCCUACCUUCUCCUCGUCUAUCCCGUCAUCCUCACUCUGGGCUCCCUCUUCGCCUCGCUCUCCCCUGUUGCCAGUCCUCCAUCCGCCGAACCCCUCGCUCCAGGAAUCACCUCCGACCUAAACGUCCCGCACUUCCAUUCGACAAACUACUUUGCCGGCAAACGCAACAUCAUCAACGUAUACUUUGUGAAAAUUGGCUGGUUUUGGACAACUCUAGCCUUCUUGCUGCUUCAAAUCACCACUCGGCCACCACCAGCCAGUGCGGCCAAACACUACAUACAAUCGAGUCUGCGCUAUGGCCUUGUUACCAUUUCAUGGUUUCUAACCACACAGUGGUGUUUUGGACCCGCGCUGGUCGAUCGAAGUUUCACCAUCACUGGCGGCCACUGCGAGCUCCAACCGAUAAACACCACCGGGCUGAAAGACGCACUUGAGAUGACCAUGAUCGCCUCGGGCCCCGCAUGCAAAGCCGCAGGUGGAGACUGGCGCGGUGGACACGACAUCUCAGGCCAUGUCUUCAUGCUCGCUCUGUCCUCGGCCUUUCUCCUCUACGAAAUCUACAUGGCCGACCGGGACUCCGCGCACCCGUCUGUCUCGCCUCGAGCCGCCGCGGCGUUGGCCCACGACAUGACCGAGGAAGAACGCAAGGCCGUCGGAGGAUGGGAGUCGGAAACCCAGGCGCUGGUGCGGAUAUGGUCGCGGUAUUUUCUGUAUGCGGUCGUCGUGCUGGACUUUUGGAUGCUCAUGAUGACGGCCAUCUGGUUCCACACGUGGACGGAGAAGCUGAGCGGGCUUUUGAUCGCCGCUGUGACGAUAUGGGUGACGUACUUUCUGGGAGAUUUCGUGCCACAAUGGAGGGAAAUCGUGGGUGGACUAUGA